AACCUGUUCGAUUUUGCUAACCAAUACAUUUGACGCCACCGUUCGGGUUGAACUCUGUCUCGCCGCGCCUCCUAUCCGCUUAGGGUUCUGGAAACUGACGGAGAAGAAGAAUAGGAAGAGGAAGAAGGAGAUUCUUCUCGUUCUUCUGGUAGGAGUUCCCAGAGAACCAUGGUCAGGGUGACCGCCGAUCUCAUUUGGAAGAGCCCCCACUUCUUCAACGCUAUCAAGGAGCGUGAGCUCGAUCUUCGAGGAAACAAGAUCGCGGUGAUAGAGAACAUUGGUGCCACUGAGGAUCAAUUUGACACAGUAGAUCUCUCUGAUAAUGAGAUCGUUAAGCUUGAAAACUUCCCUUAUUUAAGUCGGCUUGGUACCUUGUUAAUUAAUAAUAACAGAAUUACCCGUAUUAAUCCUGAAAUUGGAGAAUUCUUGCCAAAGCUACACACUUUGAUCCUUACGAAUAACCGACUUGUCAAUCUGGUGGAGAUUGACCCCCUAGCAUCUCUUCCAAAGCUGCAAACUCUUAGUUUACUGGACAAUAACAUCACAAAGAAACCAAAUUAUCGGCUAUAUGUGAUCUUCAAACUGAAGAAGCUAAGGCUGCUAGAUUUCAGGAAAGUUAAACAAAAGGAAAGGAUUGAAGCUGAAGGGUUGUAUGCUUCUGAGGAAGCAGAAGAGGAGGCCAAAAAGAUACCUGCUAAGAAAUUUACUCCAGUUGAGGCUACCAAUUCUGCUGAUUCUUCGAAGGAAGAACAAAUUCCUAAAGUAGUUGCCCCUACGCAAGAGCAAAUUAUAGCCAUAAAGGCUGCUAUUAUUAAUUCUCAAACCCUUGAAGAAGUGGCAAGGCUGGAGCAGGCUUUGAGAUCUGGACAAAUUCCUGCAGAAUUUCAGAUUAUGGGAGAUGAUAAUGGGUUAAACGCUGGUGAAAACAAAGACGACAAAAUGGAGACUGAUGGUGACAAUGAGACCAUUGAUGCUCCAAACAAAGAAGAGGAUGAAAACUCAACCCCUAUUGAACAGGAUUAAGACUGGCAAUGAGCCAUGCGUGAGGACAGUUUUUAUGCGAGAGAUUUUGGUGUAAGAGUUUACCUGCUUGCUUUGCAGCAUUAGCUAUGGCCUUGGCUGUUUAUUCUUUAGCAGUGCUACUGUGGUGAUACGAUCCUUUCAGUUUUAAGACAUUGUGUAAGCUAGUAAAAUUUCACUGUGCUCCUACUUGCUAGGUUUUUAAUUGGUAGAAAUCCUGUACAAAUUUUUAAUUUUGCCUCACAGGACGUUUGUUCUUAAAUAUAUAUUAGUUAGAGAAAAUGAUGAUCAUGUGGGCCUCGUUGAGACGGAUUAAUUUUGACUUUUAUGUUUCAAACUGGCUAAGUUAUUUUUGAGUUGCUGUUUGUAUGUGACAUUUAUGUAGAACUGUUUUUUUCUUCGGAACA